AUCUUCGGCCCGAAUGCAGCGCUGAUUCAUUUUGUCAGUUUUACAUUUUAAGUUUAGUUUUACGAUUUAGACUUUUUGCACUGGCAUAAUUAUUUUUUGAGCAGCAGUCGCAGCUCCUUGGUACAGGUCCGGGAUUUGGACCGCCUCCACCGCCCUUUUCAACAGGUCAAAUUAACGCCCUUUACUUAGAAACACCGACGCAAAUCAGAGCCAUGGAUCCCCCACAGUGCGUACAAAACGCCAUGAUGACCAAGGAUAAAAAACCCUUCACUUACACCCCCGGAGGCAUCGACCUGUCGGAAGUGAGGUCGCCCCGCAUGCAAAGGCGGAUAGAGCGCAACGCUAAUUUAGCAGGCGCUGGAGAUAUCCCCAAACCCCAACUUCCUCCACCCCAGAACCUAGCCAACCUUCCUCCCUCAGUGCAAGUCGCCAUGCGUCCUCAACCCCAGGUACAAGUCUUUCCCUCAGGACCACCGCCUCCACCACCCAUGUCAAGGGGUGGAGCUCCUCCCCCACCACCGCCUUUUAACGCUCCCCCUCCACCACCACCUCCGUCCGGUCCCUUGCCCACGCAGAAGGUGAUGACAGCGGAUAACCAGGUCUUGGAGAGGCCGGAUAUGACGAAGAUUAUACCCGACAACCCUAUGGCCAUGUUGAGGAAGACAGGUGGUCCGGCGCCGAGGAAGAGCAUAGUGGAUGAGCUAUUCUCCCAGGAAGGAAAAGCCGCACCUGUCCCCGGCACGCCACCUUCAGGGCAGAGGUCCCAACCACAAUACGAGCAGCAGCAACAAAGGUAUCAACCGCCAGUAGUCGAACGGGGUGCUCCAAUCUCACCUGUACCACAACAAUAUCAACCACCGCCACCUCAGCCGCAGCAGUACCAACAGCCUAGGCAGCAAUACCAACCCCCACAACCCCAACAACAGUACCAACCACCACCGUCUCAACAGCGAUCCCCAGAAGCCACGAAAGAAUCGCCUAGGUACCAACCACCAGUGAUAGAAAGGCAGCCAACCAUACCACGGCAAAAUAACGCCCAACCGGAGGUAAAGACGAGCACAGCCCACUUAGGGUCACUGUAUAUCCCUCCGACCAAUCAACAAGCCCAAGCCCAGCCGCAAAAACGCGUGGUCUCACCUCCAAGUCCACCUGAGAGGAGUACGGAUAGCCCAGGGUUACAAACACCGCCUCUUAAGGAGGCACCUAGACCUUGGCAAGCCAAAAAGCCUCAACAAGAGGAGAUUCCUCCAUGGGCCAAGAGGAACGAGGAAAGACCGAUUACUCAGGAAGUACAACAGACUCAACCUCCACCCACUCAACAACAGCAACAGAGAUGGCCUCAGCAACGUCAACAACAACAGCCCCCUCAACAAUUUAACCAGCAACCGCAAUACAAUCAACAGCCUCAAUACAACCAACAACCACAACAAAUUCAGCAACCAGCGGGAGUACCAGUCCGCAUAAUAAUUCGCACAAACACUGGCGGUCCUGCACCAUACCAACAGCCGCCGCAACAGCAAGAACCAGAAGCGAAGACGGAAGCUGUCUAUAUAACACAACCGGUUGUACUGCAACAUCCUGGGCCGAGAGCGCCUCCCCAGCAACAAGAGCAGCAGCAACAGUGGCAGCAACAGAUAGCACCACCAUACAAGGUUGAUAAUCAAGGAGCUAGGGUAAUACCUAUAGCUGUAGAGGGGACAAACCAAGGAUCCCAGAGUCCCCCAACACCAGGCGGUAACAGAUCCUUAAAUAGACAACAAAGUUGGAGCAAUAAUCCUACACAGUCGAAUUCGUUCAAAAUCAUCCAGAAGAUAACUCAGACCGAUGACGACGAGGAAGACGAGAAUGCUCCGAUCACAGAACAUGGACCUAGGUAUCCUCAAAACUUCCAACAACCACCUGCUGAUCAAAUUAGGAGAAUGAAAUUGAACGAGGGUGAUCAGAAUCUGAUGAAUAAGUUUAAGCAAGCCGCAGACGACGAUAACAAUCAGAGAGAAGUUGAUCCUAGAUAUCGUGGCGCAGCUAUUCCAUCAAAGGCGUUUAAAUUGUUGCAAAAUAUGACAGAAGGGUCGCCUGGCCCCGAUCAAUGCGCUAAGCAAACCGUACCAAGCGGUCCGCAACCACAAAGAAAGGGACCCCAGGUUAGGACCAUACCGGUACAAAUAGAAAAUGAUGAUCCACCACAACCAUAUGUCCACCCUAGCGAACAAGUAGUGCCAGAACCUAAGAAGUACACUGGAAGUUCAAUACCCAGUAGAUCCUUCAAAAUGUUGCAAGCUAUGACUGCACCAGAUAAUUGUGCCAACACCGACGAGCAAUACGAAGCUACCCCUUACGAGCAAUGGGGCUAUGACCCUAACUACCCCCCCUAUCCUCCUCCCCCCUAUUGGCACGACUAUUACCAGUACUAUUACCAAGAACCCCAAACAGGGCUUUCCAAGGACGAUUCCACAGACACAAGCGCCAGAACGACUCCCAGACAAACACCAACUCCUACUCCAAGACACACUCCGGUGCCUUUUUGGAACUACAUGCCACCGUACCCCUAUCCCCCACCCAGGCGCGCGUCCACAACAGAAGGCGAAAGCGAUGCUGAAACUGCCACUAAUCCAAGAUCUACCCCUCUACCUUUUUGGGGAGAAGAAGCUCAAGGAUACCCUCAAUAUCCUCCUUACUAUGACCCGUACUACUACUCUUACUAUUACGCUUAUCCCCCGAUGUACCCACCUUAUCCAUACUAUGGACCAAAUAGUGACACAGACGAUUUUGCUGGAUACUCGUCCACAGAUGAAAUGAGUUACUAUAAUAGCCAAAGAAGCAGAAGAAGAAAUAGUUUCAGUGGUAGUUUACGAGCAGCCACCCCAAAAAUAGUCGUUACGCCAACUCUUAAUGUUAAGGAGACAGUAGUAAACAAAAAAGUAGAGGUAGAAAAUCCAAAACCAGAACCUGAAGUAGAAGUGGAUGAUACAUCUGAAUCCGAUUCCGAUACAGAAACAGAGGAGGAUAAUAACAGAAAUAACGCAAGCAACCCUCUGAAGUCGAUUAGGUCUGUGAAUAAUAUCCUGUUGUACGCAGAUGAAGAUGACUCUCACUGUUCGGACGAGGAAGUAGGCAUUGAAGAGUUCACUGAAGAUGGAAACGAAGAAAUAGAUGAAGAGAAUUCAGUAUACAUCGUCGACGAUGAUUCCUAUCCACAUCAACUUAGCGUUAUUUAUGAAGAAAGCGAAAGGACUGAUUCCAGAAUGAGAUCUGCUAGUGCUAUGAGCGAUUCCACCACUAUAGCGGAAAGAAGUGACGACGAGGACACAAGCCCAAACAUCAUGAAUGCAAAUAAACCAUUCAAAUUUUGCGUUAGCGUCACCGAGGAAGAAAAAGAAGAAAUCAAAGCUGUGGUCAGCAUCGGCGACAGAGAAAUCAAAACAUUCGAGGAAAACUUGAAGAAAGGGGAACCAGUUGGGAUUACUAUUGAAGAAUAUGAAGAAGAUGAUAUUGAAGAUCCAGUUGCUCAACGUCAUUACCAUGACGAAGAAGAAGGUAAAGAAAGUGAUGAAAGUGAGGAUUGGUGGGGUAUUAUAGGCAAAGAAGACGAUCUGCCAGCACCUAAACCUAUUAUAUUGAAAAAAGGAAAUACUGCAAAUGAACACGUUCCAUGCCAUAACUUAGAAGAUAUUAAACCUGUCAAAUCUCCUAGAAGUGAAAGUGAUACAGGAAAAACUGGCAAAGCAGAUGAGAAAAAAGAAAAAUUACAAACUGUUACUUCCUCGACAGAACAAGAACCUACUGCUUCCCAAAAACUUGAGGAAGAGAUAAAACCAAAAAAUAAUUAUGCCAAAGCAAAAAGUGUUUAUGAUAAAAUUGAUGAAUUUGAAGAGGAAGUAAAUACAGGCAAACUAAUAGAAAUGGAAAGUUUUGUUGCCAGAUUAGAACAGAUACAAAAAGAAUCUGGUCUCUGGAAUAUCCAUUUACCUAGAAAAGUUGUAGACAAUAAUAAAUCUACAAAUGGAAAUCAAAAGGCUAGCAGUAAAGGAAAAGUUUCUAAUAUUAAUCCCAAAACUGACGACCGCCCAAUGAAUAAAGAAGCAUCUAAAUCAAAUAACGAAGAUAAAACAACGAAAACUGCUAUAAAUAAUUCUGCGGAAAGUAAUGCAGAUUUCUGGGGUACACUGAAAAGUGAAGAUAAUGAAGUUGUACCUAGAUCUAAAAAGAAUAGUUCUGCUAGCUAUAACAAUUAUAGCUAUAGUAAGAGCUGGUCUGAAGAAAGUGAAAGAAAAGAAACUGCGUCAGUGAACCAAGACACUUCAUCUAUAGAAGCAACUAAUAUAGAAACAGAAGAAGACUCUGAUACUCCAGAAUUAAGUAAAUCAACAGAAGAAAGUUACACCAACAAAGAAGCCGAAGAAAGCGAGGAUUCUUCCGAAGAGACAGAUUCGUCAGAAGAUGAAAGCGAAGAUCACGAACAAAAGGAAAACGACUUAAACAAUAAUCAAGAAAUAGAGGCACAAAAAAAAGCUAUUCAGCAACGUAUUCAGGCUUUGAAGGAAACAAUCAGACAAAAACAAAGUAAACUGCAACAGCAGCAAGAGCAAGAAAUGAAAGCUUCAGUCAAAGACAAAAUAACAGCCAUUGAGACUACUAGCCAAAACCGUAGCAAGACCACGUCCACGAAGAGCAGCCUGAAAUCCUUCGAGGAAUACAGUGAGGAGGAAGAAGGAGAUUCAGGGGUGACGUCCGAUAUGAGUAGACACAUAUCCGACACCGAAGAAUUUCCAGAACUCAAAAAACUGACGAGAUACCAACGCGCGGCUACACACUCUAGGUUAUUCAAAUUAUUACAAGACGAAUGCGAAAACGAAGAAGACGAGGAGGAGGACGAGGAGGAAGAACAAAAAGAAGAAGAAACUGCUACGAAUUCAAGCAGUGACAAAUUUAAUAAUCUGACUAUACGCAAGAAUGGCACACCAAAUACGGAACCUCCUAGAAGAGACAAGCUGAGCCUGCCGUUAAACACAAACGAAACGGACAGUUUGUGUUCCAGUGGCAUAACUUCACCAGGUUCGCCGGUUAACGAGAAGCUGGUCAACGAACUGGUCCAAAGUUUACUAAAGCGCAAGAAGGGGCAAAUGUUCAGGAACAUGCCCAAAGAGAAAUUAUUCGCAGCCGCAGCUAGAAUCCUUCAGGAGGACCUGGAGGGAUUCGACGGCUCCUCGGAGGACUGCAGCAGCUUUUUAUCGCCUCUGAGGGAGAGCACCGGGAGUUCGACGGCCGCGCAGACGCCUCAGGAGUUCAACGGGAACUACGACGAGUACAAGCAGUACUACGAGACUUGGAGCGAGGCAGAGCGGAUCUACGACGAAAACUACGACAUAUUGCCGUCGAAAGCAUUCAAACUUCUGCAAGAGCAUUCGAGUCUAAGUAAGACGGGAACUAUCGCGGGGCUGUUGGCGAAGUGUCCUAGGGUGUUAUCGUCGAAGAACAUCCAUAAAAAAUUACUAAAACUCCUGGAAAGCUCUGACGCCUCCUCCCCCACUCCCGAGAAUCCCCUAGAAUCGAAUGAAGUCACGAGCGCCUCUUGAAACGAACCAACGAGAGAAAUUUGCGAAAAUUGUUUAAUUUAUCGGAUCCCGGUUAUCAUUUGAGGUCCAGAUCAUACUGAUUUCUAGAAGCCUCGAAUCAACUGGGACUGUACUGAAGAACCUAGAGCCUAGUAGCCGUUUUUUUGGUAUUUCGAUGGAUGUUUUCAAUAAUCAAUAAAAAAAAAAAUGUCCUCCGGCAUGUUUCGGAGGGAGCAAUGUGUGAUUGUUUCGGAUUUCGCUUAAUGAAGACGCAUUUUUUGGGUUUAGUUGAUGGAUUUUUUAUCAAGAAAUAAUUUUGUAAAUAUAUUUGUUUUUUUCUUUUGUAAAAAUCGUAUAACGUGUAUCUAUCUUUCUCAUCUACUCACACACGCUGGUUAACCGCAAGGAUUGUUAGUUUUGUUUUCGGGAAUAAUACCUUUCAUCUUUGUAGAUUAUAAUAUAUAUAUAUAAAAAAAUAUGUAUAAUUUUAAUGUAAAUAAUAAACGUUAUUGUAAUUUUAAUGUAAAAAUAUGAACUUGAGAUGCUGAUGUCAGUUUUAUGUAAGUACCUAUUGUAUUUUUCAAUAAAUGUUUUAAAAAUU